AGCUCACAGCUGCACAAUCAGAACUUGAGAGAAUAUCUGAGGAUCUUCAAGCUGCACCCUUUGGUCUGGAGCACAUCAUGAGGGAGAUCGGUCAGAUCUAUGAAUCAUGUUCAUCUGUGAAGAAGAACAAGAAAGACCUGCAGGUUCACUUCUCUUCUCUCCCGAGUCUUGCAGCAGAGAUGAUGAUCUCUGGAUUUCCACUGGAGCUGAUGGAUGGAGAUGCUGCUCAUGUUCCUGUGAUCUGGAUCUCUGCUGUUCUAGAUGAACUCAUCCAGAAACUGGGAGACCAGAGAGUCUUUGUGCUGUCAGUUUUAGGGAUUCAGAGCACUGGGAAAUCCACCAUGCUGAAUGCCAUGUUUGGACUCCAGUUUGCCGUCAGUGCUGGCAGGUGCACCAGAGGAGCUUUCAUGCAGCUGGUCAAAGUGUCAGAUGAGAUGAGAACACAGAUGAACUUUGACUAUAUUCUGGUUGUUGAUACUGAAGGUCUUCGUGCUCUAGAACUGUCUGUAAGAUCAACAAGACAUCAUAACACUGAACUGGCCACAUUUGUUGUUGGUCUUGGAAAUCUGACUUUGAUCAACAUAUCUGGAGAAAACCCAUCUGAGAUGCAGGACAUUCUUCAGAUUGUUGUUCAGACCUUCCUGAGGAUGAAGAAGGUCAGACUGAAUCCCAGCUGUGUGUUUGUGCAUCAGAAUGUCUCAGACAUCACAGCUGGAGAGAAAAACAUGGAGUGAAGGAGGCGACUGCAG